ACUCCUCCUAGUCUUAAUCUCUUUAUCUGGGCAGCAGCUGCCAUAUGGCCUCAGUCAGCUGGAUCAGAUGUUUAUAAGCCUCCUUCUUCGUCCCUCUCUGUCCUCGGAGCCUCCUAAUUUGAUCGCUGCUACCUUGCGAGCUGUCCUACAAUCUUUAUUUUUAGCCAUCUUUAAGGAUUAGGAUUGAUGUAGACUACAGGGCACUUAAAGUGAUUGUAUUGUAAAUCUGCUGUGGGAUUCUUCUUUGGGGAGGAUGUUCCAUUUCUCCAUAGAUUUGGGGAGGAGAUUGAAAAGGAGGAGGGCUUGGCUUGGGGUUGGCUGUCCCAAGUCCUCCCCACCGAGGCCCCCUCAUUAACGAAGGUCUGAGCGUUGUUUAAGGGGGGGUUGGCUUGGUAUCCCAAUCAGAUUUAAAUGAAGAUUCAAAUGAGUUUAUUUAUGCUCGCUGGUUGAACAUGGUGCCCAUGAUGCAUUUUUUGAGACGGGAGCAGUCUCCACGGGUAACAGGUUAUGAAGACAGCAUGGAGUUUCCGGACCACAGCAGACAUUUACUGCAGUGUCUAAGCGAGCAGAGGCAUCAGGGCUUCCUGUGCGACUCUACCGUCCUGGUGGGCGAUGCCCAGUUCCGCGCCCACCGUGCCGUGCUGGCCUCGUGCAGCAUGUACUUCCAUCUCUUCUACAAGGACCAGCUGGACAAGCGGGACAUGGUGCAUUUAAAUAGUGACAUUGUAACGGCGCCAGCAUUCGCAUUGCUCCUCGAGUUUAUGUACGAGGGCAAGCUGCAAUUCAAGUCCCUGCCCGUGGAGGACGUGCUGGCAGCUGCCAGCUAUCUGCACAUGUACGACAUUGUGAAGGUGUGCAAAAAGAAGCUGAAACACAAGGCCACAGCCGAGGCGGACAGCACCCGGCGCGAGGAGGACGCCUCCAGCUGCUCGGACCGAGCUGAGAGCCUCUCAGAGGGCGGCAGCGCCAACCUGCUGGCUAGCGAUGACGACGAGGACGAGAGCAAGAGAGACAACCAGUGCCCGCAGGAGCCGGCCAGGAUUUGGGCACGGCUGGCAUCAGAGCGCACGGCCAGUCCCGGAGAGGCCGAGGCACAUGGCAAGUCGCCUGCUGCUGCCGCCGCAAGUCCCAGCAGCUCUACAGGUUCACUCUGCCCAACUGGUGACUGUGCACUCGACCUGUCUGUAAAAUCAAGCAUUAGCGCCACUCCAGGUGAAGCCAGGAACCCGUAUUUGUGCGGCUCGGCGACUCCAGACAGUCUGCACAGCGCUCUGGUGCAAGUGAAGGUGGAGAAAGACACGGGCUCAGAUGAUGACGAGCUGCCCAGCACCGAGUACGAGAUGGAGCACAGCGGCUUAAAGGAGGAGACGGCAAAUGCUAACGGCAUGCACGGCGGUCACAACGGACACAGCGUCCAGCGGCUAGGACUCGGUCUGGAGGCACACCUGACUGCACUGCGAGAGGCCUCUCUGGAUCGUGACAGCAAGGACGAUGGAGAUGGCGAGGUGCUAGGAGGUGAGAGUGAUAGGGCACAGGAGAGCCCUCUACUGCCCUACGUGUCAGGCAUGUUGGGUGCGGCUCACGCGCAGAUCUUCAUGUGCCCCCUGUGCAACAAGGUGUUCCCUAGUCCACACGUGCUGCAGAUCCACCUGAGCACACACUUCCGUGAGCAGGAAGGUGCACGCACUAAGCCCACAUCCGGCGACGUCAACGUGCCCACAUGCUCCAUCUGCGGCAAGACGUUCUCGUGCAUGUACACGCUGAAGCGGCACGAGCGGACACACUCGGGCGAGAAGCCCUACACGUGCACCACAUGCGGCAAGAGCUUCCAAUACUCGCAUAACCUGAGCCGGCAUGCCGUGGUGCACACGCGUGAGAAGCCACACGCCUGCAAAUGGUGCGAGCGGCGCUUCACGCAGUCCGGAGACCUGUACCGUCACAUCCGCAAGUUCCACUGCGAACUUGUCAACUCGCUCUCAGUGAAGAGCGAGGCGCUCAGCCUUCCCACUCUCCGAGACUGGCCACUCGAGGAUAGCUCGCAAGAACUGUGGAAAUGAAAGCAAACAAUAAACAAACGAAACUGCUUUUUAAGUUAAGACAGAGCGAGCAAGAGAGGCAGAGAGGUAAGGAAGUAGGGAGGCAGGAAGAUGGUUCAAAGGUCUGCAUCAGUCAUGUUUCUUAUAAUACAUUGCUUAUCUCGUUAAAUUGCACUUUACUAGCACAUGAAAAUGUUACUACUGAUUUUUAUUUUCUGGUCAGUUUUGUUUUGUUUUUUCUUUGCUUUCCUUUUCUUUUAUUAGACAUGGGGGAUGGCUACAGCUGUCACCUUUGACAUAAAAUGUGCAACUCUAGAUUUGACAGUGUAUAUACGUACACUUGUACACUCCUUGAUUUUAUUUAACAUCCUUGCCAUGAGAACGCAUCUGAAGAUUUCAGGUAAUACACUGAGGAAGUUCAGAACUGAGAACCAUUACACUAAACGGGUACUACGACCUUCUAUUGACCUGUACACAUAAGGCUCAAUUCUGAGUAUGUGUAUAUAUCGUGCACUACUACUAUACGUUUAUUUUGCAAAUCUCAUACUGGUGUGUGAGAGUGGCUGCGUGUGUGUUUGUGCGUGUGUGUGUGUGUGUGUUUGCGUGUGUCCAUGCACGCAAACACAGUAUGUUAACAAGUAAGUCCUUUAAAUCCUGCGAAGAUGUUCGCUCGAAAAAGCUCCAAGCUUGUGUUAUUUAGGCUCUUGUAAGAUUUUUGGAUUAUUAUUUUUUUUGUUUUGUUUUGUUUUUUGUUUGUUUUUUGGGACUAUGGUGAUAGGAAACCUGACUGAUAGAAGACAAAAGGCACUCAUGCAAUGUACAGCCUCCUUUUUCACAACAACCAACACAUUUUUCUAUCAUUUAACGAUUGGGCUGACAAGUCGACGUCUUUCAUUUAGUUAGCAAAACCCUCAACACUUGUUUUCUGCUGAGAAUGGGUUUUCAUUUGCUGCAUUUCUAGCGAUUUUUUUCCGUAGUGUUUUAAGAAAAGAUUUGGUUUGUUUUUCGGGGG